CCCGAUGCAAUGUUGUAAGAGGUGUUACGGUGUGAGCACGGGCUUGCCCUGACGUGAUCGAAGCCGAUCUCGCAAAACACCCACUAAGAGGAAGGUAUCAUGGCUUUCAAAAAUCUGUUUUUACUCACUUGUACUUGUUAUUUGUUAAUCCAUUUGAGGAACGAGGAGGUGGGUAGCUUGAGUCCCAACCGUUAGUUUUCAAAAAUCCGUUGUUACCCACUUUGUACUUGUCGAUGAAGUUGUUUAACAGGCGCCAUUACAGCUCUCUUCUUCCACUCGACCUCAAGAAGUCCAAGCGAAACCCAUCACUGGGAUCCAAAAUUCUCUUUCUCUGCAAGUCGGGCUCGCUUUUGGGAGCUCUCCAACUCCUGAACUCCACAGAUUCCAGCGAAAUCUCCAUUAAACCCGUCGUCUAUGCAUCUCUCUUACAGACUUGCACCAAAGCCCAUUCUUUCAACCUCGGGCUCCAAAUACAAUCGCACAUAAUUAAGUCUGGCCUCGAGUCUGAUCGUUUUGUAGGGAACAGCUUAUUGUCACUGUACUUCAAACUGAGCGCUGAUUUUUCAGAAACUCGAAAAGUGUUUGAUUGUUUGUUAGUUAAAGAUGUAAUAUCUUGGACUUCUAUGAUUUCAGGGUAUCUUCAUGUGGGAAAACCCAUGGAAUCUCUUGAAAUGUUUGAGAAGAUGUUGGAAUUUGGGGUUGAACCAAAUGCAUUUACACUUUCUGCCGCAAUUAAGGCAUGUUCUGAACUUGGCACUCUAAAGCUUGGCAGGUGCUUUCAUGGGGUUGUAUUAGGACGUGGUUUUGAUUCAAAUUGCGUUAUAGCAAGUGCCCUUAUUGAUAUGUAUGGCAGGAAUUUUUACCUGGAAGACGCCUGCCUCUUGUUUGUCGAGAUGCCUCAACCAGAUGCUAUUUGCUGGACUUCGGUUAUUUCUGCUUUCACCAGGAACGAUCGCUUUGAGGAGGCUUUAGGGUUCUUUUACUUGAUGCAGAGGAAGUAUGGUCUAUUGCCAGAUGGGUUUACAUUUGGGACUGUUCUAACAGCUUGCGGUAAUCUGGGAAGGAUGAAGCAAGGUAAAGAAGUUCAUGCAAAGGUUGUUACAGCUGGAAUAUGUGGCAAUUUGGUCGUUGAGAGUAGCCUUGUAGAUAUGUAUGGGAAAUGUGGGUUGGUUGAGGAAUCUCAUAAGGUUUUUGAUAGGAUGCCCCAAAAGAAUUCUGUUUCUUGGUGUGCAUUGCUUGGGGGAUACUGCCAAAAUGGUGACUUUGAAUCUGCUAUUAAGAUUUUCAGGAUGAUGGACAAGGUGGAUGAUCUCUACAGUUUUGGGACUGUUCUUCGUGCUUGUGCAGGUCUAGCAGCUGUGCGUCAGGGCAAAGAGAUCCACUGCCAGUAUCUGAGGAUGGGAAGUUGGAGAGAUGUUAUUGUAGAAUCAGCUUUAGUUGAUCUCUAUGCAAAAUGUGGUUUUAUUGAUUAUGCAUACAGAAUUUUUGUGGAAAUUCCAUUUAGAAAUUUAAUUACUUGGAAUUCUAUGAUUUGUGGGUUUGCACAAAAUGGUAGAGGUGAGGAAGCCAUCGGGAUGUUCAAUGAGAUGGUUAAAGAAGGGAUUAUACCUGACUAUAUUAGUUUUGUUGGGGUACUUUUUGCUUGUAGCCAUACAGGUCUUGUUGAGCAAGGUAAAAAGCACUUUAAAUCAAUGAGUGAUUAUGGGAUUAAAGCUGGAAUUGAGCACUAUAAUUGCAUGGUUGAUCUUCUUGGCCGAGCUGGACUAUUAGAGGAGGCUGAAGGUUUGAUAAACAAUGCAGAUCUUAAAGAUGAUUCAUCUCUUUGGGCAGCUCUUCUUGGUGCCUGUACAGCUUAUUCGGACCCAGUUGUAGCCGAGCGAGUUGCAAAGAAAAUGAUGCAACUGCAACCAGAGUACCACCUCAGUUAUGUUCUUUUAGCUAAUGUCUAUAGGUCUGUUGGCCGGUGGGAUGAUGCUCUAAAGAUUAGGUUGUUAAUGAGAGAUAGAGGGAUCAAGAAAAUGCCCGGUAAGAGCUGGAUUGAAGUUAAGAACAACAUUAGAUUGCCUGCUAAUCAAGUGCAUUCAGGUCUUCAAGGAAAGAACCGCCCAGAUAUUGAAGGGUUCGGUUUGGAGGAUACAAGAAAUGGGUCUGAAUCAAAUGUGAAUGUCACACUCCUUGUUGAAGCAUAGGCUUGAUUUGACGAUUAGUGUUGCCCAUUUGUUAUGCUUUAUUUAGCUACGUUCUGGAAAAUGAGGAUUUUACUAACUGGAUGGCAUGGAUCCAUAAACAUGUUUGGAGUAUGCAUGGUACAAUCCCAAGGCAGGUGAGAGGUCUUGGGGUAAAUACAAUUUUGAAGCACCAAAUUGACAGUUGGACUGAGGCUGGCUGAGCUCAAUAACAUGAAUUCUUGUAUUUUCAUUUGGCUAAAUUGCAUUAUGCACCUCUACAGAGAACCAUUCUUCAAGAGAGAGAGAGAUAUCUUAAAUGUCAUUUCAAUAAUUAUAUACAUGUAAUUGUAUUGGAGAUCCAGAGCAUAAAAUCUAGAGUAGAUCAAAGUGGGUGAAAGAAAAAAUAUAUCAACUGGUCAUGGUAUCACACACUUCUUAAAGAAGCCGGAGGAUUGUUAUUGGACAUAAUAAAUAUGGGAGCUGGAGCUGUUUUCUCUUGUCACAUGCCUAUAUGAAAUGGUGUCAUUUUUCAAUCAGUUUCAUUGUUCUUUUGUAUGUCCCAAAAAAUUUGGCAUGGCUUUUCAGGUUCUUUUGCAAUACAAAAGGAAUAGAAAUCAUAGGUAAAGGUGGUUAAUAGAUAACAGCAGUUUUCCAGCUGACAGCAACAUAUAUGGAGUUUAAGAUAAUCUAAGUGAGAAGCUUGCAUUGUUGAUGGGGGUCUUUUCUGGCAAGUGGGCUAUUAUGGCUGUCUUAUAAUAUAUGAUUUUAUAGACUUAUAGCCUCAUCCUGUAAAGAAUCCAUUGCAGUAAUCUCAGUGUCUGUUAUGUAUUCYUUUUCAUUUUUUUUUUGAGAUAAGGUUAACCAUAUUUUAUUAAUAAAACAGG